CGAUCUCUUUGCUCCACCCCUCCCGCUCUCCUCUCUGAAGAAGUCUUCUCCCUUCUUCUUCCCCCACCUAUUAAAUCCUCCACCGCUCUUCUCUUCUUCUCCAUCCACGCUCUCGCUCCGUCUCAUAGAGAAAAAAUUGGAGCUUUUUGGAUACAGAGAGAGAGAGAGAGGGAGAGUGAAGAGGAGGGAUGGCAAAGCUCUACGUGCAGACGGUGCCGCCGGUGGAUCUGAACAAGAACACGGAGUGGUUCAUGUACCCCGGGGUCUGGACCACCUACAUCCUUAUCCUCUUCUUCUCCUGGCUCCUCGUGCUCUCUAUCUUCGGUUGCUCCCCCGGGAUGGCAUGGACUGUCGUCAACCUCUUCCAUUUCGCCGUUACCUAUCACUUUUUCCAUUGGAAGAAGGGAACUCCCUUUGCUGAAGAUCAGGGUAUUUACAAUAAUUUGACUUGGUGGGAGCAGAUGGACAAUGGCAAGCAACUGACACGGAAUAGGAAGUUUUUGACCAUUGUACCUGUUGUCCUGUACUUGAUAUCUUCCCACACAACUGAUUACCAAAAUCCAAUGCUUUCACUCAAUACGCUUGCAGUGAUAGUGCUGGUAGUUGCCAAGUUACCAAACAUGCACAGAGUCCGUAUCUUGGGAAUUAAUGCAGAUCGUUGAGCAACAUUGCACAUGAAAGAUAUCUUAAUCGAUAUCUCUUUUUGUUGGAAAGAUGAUCCUUAUACCGUAUGCUGUCAGAUGGUGUCCAAUUCCGCAUCAAGUCAUAUUAAGUCUUUAGUGGAUGUUCCUGUUAUCCCUGUAUAGAACUGUCAGGAAGUUAUAGUUGUGUUUGUGCUACUUUUGAUACAUUUAAGCUAUCUAUAGACCGUAUGUUAUGUUUCAUCUAUCAGUGCACAAGAAUAAGUGAACUCGGUUCCUCUUCUUUGUGAACUACUUUCCUUGUUGCCCUUGGAGGAUUCUACUUGUUGUAUGACAAUGAUAGGAUGUUUCUUCU